AUCCCGUACAUGAGGUUUUACUGUGUACCGUAUUAACUUUUUUCUUUCUCUGUCUAAAUCAGACUCGUGUAUUAGGAGUGAUUCAUCAGCAUUGGCAGCGUCUCUUGGUGGUGUGUUGGGAGUGGUGAUUGUGACUGCUAUAGUAGUGCAGGCUAUGGUGAUAGUCUUUUUCAUCAGGAAACUCCAAAGAGCUAAAGCCUCCACGAACACUGGCGUAGAAAUGCCCACAUUUCAGGAAAGAAAUAUCUGGGCUCAGAGCAGUUCCAGACCUCCAGUAAUGAGGCCUACGAUGUAGUGAGAGGGACUGGAAGUACAGCUGAAGGUGAAUAUGAGGUAACACAAGCCCUCCUCCCUCCACCUCCUCCCAGCCUACCACUGCUGCUGCUGGAGACUCUCUCUAUGAGUCUGUGUGAUGUGUCCCUACAUUACUGUUCAGUAUCUGACUACUGCAGACAUGCAUGAAAUAUUAUGGUGCAUACAUUAGUUUGUAAUAUGUGAUGAUGUGUAGUACUGAAUUAGCAGAGGAGUGAUCCUCCUCAUUUGCACUGGUUGACUAGUUAAAAGUACAAACUCCGCAAUGAACUGAAAUUGCAAAGAUUUUAUAAGGGGAACGGUAGCUACACAAAGGGAGACCAGAUGGAGACAUACCAAAACUUAGUCUCAUUGUUAAUACGAAGAUUGGGCUCAGGGUUAGCCAUUGUUGGCGUGUAAUUAUGUUGAUUUGCUAGUAAA